AUGAAUCGAACUGUCCUCUACGUUUCCGGUUUCUCUAGCCAUCUACGUGCCAAGGACCUGGCUUACGAAUUCGAGCGUUACGGUCGUUUGAUCAGGUGUGACAUUCCUGCUCUCAAAACGCCUUCAGCCACUCCUUUCGCUUUCGUAGAAUUCCGUCGUGAUGUAGACGCUGAAGAGGCAUAUUACGACAUGCAUGGAAGGUCCAUUGAUGGAAGGAGGAUCACCGUGCAAUGGGCAAAAAAGCCUCCAAGUUCUGCCUGGAGGCACGAUGGCGCUCCAGACAGACGUGAUCGUGAAUACGACCGUCGUCGUUCUCCACCUCCACCUCCUCCUCGUCGCUCUCCCUCGCCUAGGAGAGACGAUCGUUAUCGCGAUGAUCGUCGAGACCGCGAUAGAGAAGUAGAAAAACGCAGGUCUCUCUCCCCCCGUAGGGAAGAUAAACCAGACAAGGAUGUCAAACCUGAUGUAGAACCAACGGUUGACAAAGUGAGAAGCCCAUCUCCGAAGCCUACGAAUGGGAAUGGUAAUGAAGGACAUGUUGAAGACAAGGAGGAUGACCGUGAACGUAGGGAUGAUUGA